CAAGGCAUUUCAAAAUGGCGGCCAAGAUGGAUUGUGGUGGUUGAUGAAUUGUUGUUCUUCAGAAGAUGAGGAAAGGAAGCGAGUCUCCCAGGAACUUUAAAUUAUAAGUAUUCCAAUGAUAGAAAGUUGUUACGGUUCUUUUUCUGCUUAUUCUACCCUUUUGGUUUCUAGUACUCAUUUUCCGUGAUCAGACAGUUUACCUUUCGACCUUCGUGUUGCAGGACUUAAGCUUAUCAUACGCUAAAUGGCUUUGAGUGUUUACUGAUUGUUAUUUGUGGCUUUUUUCGUACUUUACGCUUCAUCAGACACUUUGCAUCACGUCAAUCGACUUCAAGCGGAAAUGUCUUUUUGUAAGUUGUAUUUAAUUGUUUAUGCGUAGCGUUAAGUGUAGAUGCUUGUACAGGGUGAGGACAAAACAUGGACCAGGAGUCCAUGGACCCCCACUUUGGACCGGGUCCACGGACCACUUUCAUGGACCGGGUCCAUGGACCCCCUGUCAUGGACCAGGCCCAUGGACAGUUUUUUUUAUUUUUAUAAGAAGGUUUUGCACCAGGUCCAUGGACAAUCAAAAACAGAAAUAUUCCCAAAAUAGAUUUGACGGGACACUGUCGACCAAUGCUCACGAUUGAUCACAAAUAUUUAGUUCUGCUUACAUGAUGUACACUCUGCUUGCACAUGUGCAUCACCAAGAGAGGAAUUACGCGCUCCAGUACAAAGACUCGCAUCACCCUUAGAAAAACAAGCUGGAGUUAAGAAUUCACUGCCUUUAGAGCAAUCAUGACUGAGUCACAUCGCAAUUCUCCAUAGUUGAUGUAGCUUCAGUUUAAGCUACAAUCCAUGCCACUUCUUCUUCUUUUUCGAGAUCUGGAUCUGUAAGUCAAUAUCCGUGAGAAUUUAUAAUCGUCCUGCCAAAAACGUUAAGGAGCUAGGCCCAGGGUGACAAAACAUUGCAGGAAAAAGUGACAUUCAUGGACACAAAGAAAGUGGCUUAGAAUUAUUCAGAUCCAGGAUGCACUUUGGAGAAAUUAAACAACCUAAAACCCUUUUAAUCAGCCGCAAUGAACAGCUUUACAUUUUAAAAGAGGUAGAAAAUCAAUAUGUGUGUCACGACCUCUCAGUAUGAAAUAAGUGGCAAAAAUUCACAUUUGCUCAGUCAAAAGGUUUUCCUCCGAAGCAUAAUCUACCCAUCAGAGAAAACAAUUCACUGGAACAAGCAGCAUUUUGGCAUGAGGUACCGACCCGCCCUUUUUUUUUACACUAUGUAAGCACAAUUAAACAUUACUGAUCAAUCAAGCAUUGUUUGUUGUUGUUGGUGUUUUUUAACCUUAUUUUUGCACUAUUUCUAUUUUUGUUCAUUUCUCAUUAUUAAAAAAAACUGUCCAUGGACCUGGUCCAUGACAGGGGGUCCAUGGACCCGGUCCAAAGUGGGGGUCCAUGGACCCCUGGUCCAUGUUUUGUCCUCACCCACUUGUACAUGUACUUUCAUUGCUCAUGUGCACACAGGCUGUUGAUAAAAUGCAAUGUUGACUAUCCCAGCCUUGAUCUUUAUGCACACGUCGUCGGCUUCCGCUUGCCGGAGGGGGAGGAAUCCCGUGCCAAUCAGAGCAGGGUCCGUAUAGGAUAUGGAAAACCUGGAAAGUCAUGGAAUUUAAAAAAUUUUAUUUUCCAGGCCUGGAAAGUCAUGGAACUUAAUUGUCCUCCUUGAAAUUCAUGGCAAAUUGAAGUUUUGUUUGAUAGAUUAGUUACUGCAGAUGACAAUCAAGUACAAUGUAAGAUAGAGAGGAGUAAUUAAACAGCACAAACGGCGGAAAUUUCGGUGGACACCAGAGUUUGUGUCUGUUGAACAGUUUAAGGUCAAAAAAUAUGCUAAAGCAAGGAAAGUGUUUAAAAUUUUUGAAACUGACAACUAAACCUAAAAUCUUGGAAAAAUUGAAAAGGUCAUGCGAAAAGUCAUGGAAUUAGUCAUGGAAUUUGAAGAGCUCAACAGGGGAAUGAAGACAGGGAAUACAAAGGGAUGAAUGGGAUUCUCUACCCCUGGAGAGGGAAAAAUCCAGAAUGGUUUAAAUCACAGGACCCACAGCAACCAUGGGGAUUUUUUAAAACACAUUUCGCAACCCUUCAUUUGAAAUAUGAUGUUGUGAAGGGGUGGGAUGUUUGUUUUGAAUUCCCUCAAUCAAAAUGAAUCACAUUUUAAAGAUAUCAGGGGAAUUUUCUCUGAGAAACACUCAGUGACACACAAGACUUUGUCUGGCUAAAAGUCCUUUACCCCUGAGGAAAAUUCUUAAUUUUGCUCCACCCUUUUUACAAUUCCCCUGGUUAGCCUGGGGUUCAGCCCCUGGUAAAGAUGAUGACAUGUGCAUCAUACAGUCAAACAUAAUACCUGUAUUAUUACACUGUACUUACCUGUCACCCUUGGGAAAUAGCUAACUGACCACUUAAUAGAGGUUGACUGUUCACCAUUACAGGUUUGACAAAGCUAAGAGAAAAAAAAAGAAAAUGAAGAUAGUGACAAAAAAAAAAUCCAUCACCCUACAAAAUGACAAAGUACUUGCAGGAGUUUAUUUCAGUCAAGCUUCUAUAACCAUUUCCACCGGAGAUUGACAUUAACAAGCCGCAACAAACUUUUUUUCUUUUUCUGUAAAUGGAUACAGUUCUUAGGAAUUUAACUCAAUCAGACUUUGCCAACAUUUGGCAAAGUUAAUGAGUCGGAAUAUUUGUAAUGAAGAUUAAAAGGUCACUGUCAAGACAAGGUCCCUUUUUUAUACGUGGGUCGCCAUGUCUUGAACGAAGGCAAGAGUUGUCUUUGUGCUGACUUCAGAAGGUGUUUAUGACUGUUGUUACAUGUAUCAUCAUCUUGCUGUUGUUUUAGGGAUAUGUGGAAUUGCGAAUUCUUCCGCUGACAAACAACCUAACAAGACUAAAACUGAACUACAAACAAUGCAAUAUCCUUUUCAUUAUAUGUCUUUUUUAAUUCAUUAUUAAGCCCUGUAAUUUUGAAUAUUUCAACAGAUGGUACUUGUAGACAUGAGCAGCCAUUAAGUUUUUGUUGUCACAUUUUUUACACAUAAGGAUUUCUUCCUUGACUCUGUUUAUGAAUUAUGCGGGUUUGUAUUCGUGAUGAAAGAAGAGCAGGAGAACAUGAUUGGUACGAUGCAGGGUUUCAGCUUGAUGAUCCAGGAAGAGUUGUGUGUUCAGACAACAAAAAGUAUGACAUAAUAUCUCUUUCUUAAUGCCAACACACCCCCACUAAUUAAAAAUAGGUAGAUGACAAAUUUAUUGAAAUUCUUUUGUGACAAUUAUUUAUAUGAAUAAGUGCAAAAUGUCAACAAUUUGGGUUGUGUGGCUUUACUUUCUUAUCCUUCUGAUGUAAUAUAGCCAUUGAUGUGCUGUAUUAAAAAAUACUGAAGGGAGCCCUGUGCUAUCCAAAGUGCCCACUCUGUUAUUUCUAUGGAAAAAGCUAAGAUUUUCUGGUCGCCCAGGAGAAAAAGUUAGGUGCCUGAGGCCACAGGGGGGCUACUAGAUCACAGCUUUGAUAACGUAUAACUAAAAUGUAAAUGUAUUUUUGCAAAUGUGCCCUUAGUAGUAUGUAUGCAUACAGUACCCAGUAUCUAUCAUGGUGUGCAAAUAUAAAAUAUGACCAAGAUUUAUCCACUGUUUGCGUCAUUUCAACUUUUAAUAUUCAGCUCUCUUUAUGAUGUUUUUAAUUUGAAAAUUUUUAUGAAGAAUAGGGAAGUAAGUAAUAAAAUAUUUAAUACUUUAUUUGACCUGGAUGACAAGUGACAGUAACUACCAUUACUGAUAAACUUGUGGCCCUCAAAUGAAUCGUAGAUUGGCCACCUUCUUUUCUGAUUUUAGGAGAAAUCUGGAUUAUUUUUUGAGCUGUAUGCAGAGUGCUGUUAAUGCUGUUGACCCUGAAGCAGGUGGAGGUGAAUUAACUGUCAGGAUUCCAAAGGAAGUGUUGGCAUGUGCAAAUCACAAAGUAAGAAUCCGUGAAGCGACAUGGCGAAAAAAGUAGCAACAGGCCCUGAAAUCAGACAAAGGCAACCUCCCUCGGCCAAAUUGUGACAGUGAUGGCAAAAAAGCAUUUAUAAACACUGACAGUGGACCCAAAUGCAGGGCCUCACAAAGGUGCUAUUUUUAGAGGGGCUUUGUCUCGAUGAAAACUGAUCAAACCUCUCAUAAGCACAACUGCUGCCCGGUUGACCUGAAACAUAUAAUGCUACCUAGUUGACCUAAAACAUAAUUUUCUGCCUGGUUGUCCUGAACCAUUACCCACUGCCCGGUUGACCAAAACAUCAAGCACCACCUACUUGACCUGAAACAUUUAAAAUAAAAAACACCUCUGCCUGGUUGACAUGACUACCACCCAGUUUCUGGUAGACACCUGGAUCCAGCAUCCACUGGUUUAUCAAUCACAGUCUUAAAAUAACUGAGGAGGAUGUGAUGCCUUAAAUAUUUACUGAUGAAUUGGUAGUCAUCUUUUGACUGGCAUUUGCAGAUAAGGAUCAAACACCAUAGACUCAUGAAGGGUCAAACAGCUCUAGUACAGUUGUCCAGUUCUGUUUAGUUUGGUUGUAUGUUAAGAUCUACUGUAAUGUUAAACAUUUCUUUAUGGAUGUUACAGGUCAAAAUUAAAUUCAGGUUUAAAAAAAUUUAACCACCCAAAAUACAGGCACCUCUGUAAUUAAUAGACUUAGACAGUUGACUUGACCGAAAAGAUGCUAUGUAAACCCCAAAUGAUCCUUUCUUUUAUGAUAAAAUGCACUCUCCGGUACUGUGGACAGUCAGCUCAACCUGUCCCUUUGGUGUUCAUAAAUUAUUAAGGUUUUCCUGUAAAUUAUCUUUUUAUUUUAUCAUUUUUGUUCAAGAAACUGAUGCAAGGCUAAAACUCAUUUUGGAAUAUCAAAAUAUCAACUUUUGUGACUUUGGAUCUUUUUUUAUUUAGAAUGUCGUCAGUUCCGUGUAAGUAUUGAGUUUUCUCUGGAGCAUCCCGAGGGAGGAAUUCAGUUUGUUAUUCCUAAAGGAGAAGGCACAAUGGCUCAGGUAGUAAAAAAAUCACUUUACUCUCUGUUUGUUUAUUUAUAUGUGGUGUUGUUGAUGAGCAUUUCGCUUUCAUAGUAGCUGUCAAUUCGUAAAACUACUCUGCUAUUAAUGGCAGGUUUAAUGCACUUGGUCAAUGGUAACUAUAUAUAUAUAUAUAUAUAUAUAUAUAUAUAUAUAUAUCUGUCUGAUUUUGGAAAAAGGUACCCUACAACAGAAGAGGGUCUGUAACAAAUGUGUGUCUUUUCUGUGGUUUCAAUAUUGACUUAACUUCUAAAUUACCAAAAAGGCCUUAGAGUGGCCAAGCUUCUUUCAAGUAUGGUAGAAAUUGGCUAAUGAGCCACACCCCUUCUCCCCCUAUUCCCCUCACCCCUGCAUCCGAGGCCCUUGUCGUAACAGCUUAUAUGGGCCGGAGCAGAAAAACAAUAAACUAACAGCGUGCAAUGACUUCAAUGCUUGUGCAUGACCACUACUGUAUAACGGAACGUUAGAUAGCUACUCUAGCCAAUAGUUGGGACUCUGAGAAAGGUGCCCUUUUCUAAAAUCAGACAGAAAAUUAAUAUGUGGUAAUUUCGCAAAUGACUUUCUCCACUGGCCAGCUAUCUGCUGCAGUAAGUAUUCAAGCGGUACACAAAUCAUUACUUAUCCAGCUACAGUGAAUAAUAUGUGGUAAUUUCCCAAUGACAAGGUAACUGCACCAAUAUGAAUGUACUCAACAGCUUUCUCUAAUAGCCAGCUAUCUGCUGCCGUGAAUAUUGAAGCAGUACACAAAUCAUUGCUUAUCUGUUAGGGUGAAUCAGUACGUGGUAAUUUCCCAAACGACCAUGCAGCUAACUGCACCAAUGAAUACUCAUCCACUUUCUCUAAUGGCCACCUAUCUGCUGCAGUGAAUAUUGAAGCAGUACACACAUCAUUGCUUAUCUGUUAGGGUUAAAUUAAUAAUUAAUUCUGUCUGAUUUUGGAAAAAGGUACCCUACAACAGAAGAGGCUCUGUAACAAAUGGAUGUCUUUUCUGUGGUCUCCAAAAUUGACUUAACUUCUGAAUUACCAAAAAGGCCUUAGAGUGGCUAAGCUUCGUUCAAGUGUGGUAGAGGUUGGCCAGCGAAUCACGUCCCUUUCCUCAAACCCCCCACCCCCCCCACCUCCACCUGCUUCCGAGGCCCUUGUCCCAACAACUAAUAUGGGAGGAGUAUAACAAACAAAAAGUAUGCACUGAUUUCUACGCUCUAAAGAGUACUUUUGUACAGAACAAGAACACUGAAAAAAGUGAACAAAUUUCUUAAGAAAACACGAUCCGAACAAAUCUCGGAUUACGCCGUUUUACGCUAUUUAGAACUGAGACGGACAAUUAUUUUGCGCGCCCUUCAAUAGAGAGGGCCUGGGCUCCACCAGAGUCGACGCAGUAAGAGACAAAACUGCGGAAUCCAACUUCGCUUGAAUUGGAAAUAUCAUCAGUCGCCUCCAUACGAAUUUGACAAAAGAAAAGCUUAGGAGAAACAUGUCCUCUACGGCGGGGUAAGUUACCAUGAUAACUGAGUUAGCGGGUGGCUGAUCGAAUUGGCCCGCGUGUGAUGAUAGCCGCCGCCAUUUUAGCUGCAGUAUUCGUGUCUCGUUUUCCUUGAUUUGGCGGCGGGGUGGGGGGAAGAAAUUCUGGGUCAAAAUAAGCACCUUUGGGUCUUGAGUUUGUCUUGGUGGGUGCGUAGUUGAUUUUAGCUAAGAUCUCGUCAGUAAUCCAAGGUGUGGUGGAUAAUUUCUUCUCCUUCUUCGGACAUUGACAAGUGAAUUCAACUCAUCAGAAACAACGACAACAACAACAGCUUUAUUUCAGUAUUCCCACGUGAGUGCAUGGUAUUACCUACAUUAUUCGUUACAAAUCUGAAAUCAAAACAAAGGCUAUGAUAUGAAAGAACAAGUUUUUGUCUACAUUCCAUACAUGACUGCAUGUAAGGAGAUGAAAGUCUGCAGAUAUCAGGAUCGACAUUGUCAAAUACGAAGAGGGUUUCUUCAUUGUUGUCAAAAUUCUUAAAAAGGGGAUGUCCAAUCCUAAUGUCUCGGUAAAAGUUAGAUCGAAGACUAUGGAAGGGGCAAAUGCGAAAAUUUUCUAGAGUUUUCGGUACUGGGGGGACUUAUGUUGAUUAUGCUCAAGCAAUCAUGCACUUUUGUGACAGUCAAUUUUGAAUACUGAGUAAAAUUUUAGUUUCUUGUUACUUCGUAUUAGAUUAUAUUGGUGUGAAGUCAGUUCUUCACGUAUAGUUAAUUGGACAUUUUUCAUAUCUGUUGAGGAGUUGUUAUCAUUUGAAUACAACAACAACAACAACAAGUUUAGCCAGUAUUACCAUUUUGUACAGGUGUUACCGAUUAAAAUAACAGUAAUAAACAGCUAAGUUUAAGGGAAUGCAGAUAUGAUGGAACGGUAGAAUUAACUAUGUUUCUUUCGUCUUUCAAAUGCUUGAAAGACCAAAUUAGCAGCUAGCCUGCUGAUAUGUGAAUCAGUAUUGUUAAAAAGAAAACAGACUUUAUCAUGGAUAUUGUAAUGUGUAAAUAGUGUAUUUCGGUCGUUGAUUUUAAGAAAAAAGAGUCUUUCUCAAAUCAUGGUAUUGAUCACAGUGAAAUAAUAUAUGUGCAGUUCAUUUUCAACCGAAUUUUGGUGGCAAUGAUCACAGAUUCUAAGGUCUUCAGGAGUUUUGGGGAUUAUAAGUCUUCCGGUUUCUAUUUUUAAAUUGUGAUUUCCUAUCCUAAAUUUGGAAGCUACUACGCCUAUGUUCAGGAUUCGGAUAUGAUUGAUGAAUUCAGAGUGAUUUGUUUCAUUUUUAAAGACGGAGUAGAAUUUUAGUUUUUAUUUGUUCUUAUCAAAUUUAGCUGGUGGUUUUUCAGAUGUUUUGACAAAUAAUUCUUCUCAGCUUUGGAUAGGAAAGUAGAAGGGUUUUUGUGUCAGGGGUUGAUUUUCAAGCUGAAUCCAGAUUGUAAAUGGUUGCUGUCCUCCAAAUGCUUUUUAUCGUUUAACAUGUGUAUUUGAAAUGCCGAUAAUGUAUUGGGAUCAGGUGCUGAGUGUAUCGUUUUAAAAUGAUCGUAAAAGUUUAUUGGUCGGGUUUUCGUUAUAUUAUUAUAAGACAAGCCGUUUUCGUUCAUUGACUUUAGAGUAUCCCAAAAUGUGCGGUCAUUUUCAUUACUAAUCAACUCAUUUAUUUUAGAGUCAACAAAUUGUUGUUGUUUUUUUUUUGUUUGAUAAGUUUUUUAAAGGUUCUAUUUUGAACAUGAUAUUCUUUUCUGAGUUCGGUAUCCAAGGGAUUGCGGUUUUUUUUUAGAUAACUUUUUAAGUGAAGAUCUUAAAGUUUUGCAAUCAUAAUCAAACCACUUCUUAGUAAUUGGCUUUCUUUUAGAUUUCUUUUGGCUACUUAAUUUGACUGAACGUUUUGCUGCCUCCGUCAUAAUGUUUGUGAAUUGAUUGGUAGCAUUUUCAACAUCUGUACUGCUUAAAUCGAAGUUUGUACUUUCGAAGAGAUGUAAUAGAGACAGAAUAUCGUUGGAACGAAAGUGCAGCAGUGAAUUUUGCUGCAGACGUUUAGUCCCAGACAUAUUGUUGUGGAAGCUAGGAAGUGAAUGAUAAAAAGUGUGUUCCCAAAAAUGUAAUGUCUGCAACAAUUUUGUGUAAUGUCCAUAACGCAAACGUCUGCUUGUAGAAUCACUGGAACAAGGUUGCAUGGAAUUUUUUUUUCUGACAGUUGAAAAAUCUAAUAUUAUUAUUGUUAUGUUUUGAAGGCACAAUUAAGGUUAAAAAUUCACAGGAAAAUCUCUGUAAAAGAACAUUACCUUAAAAAGUGUUUGUUUAAACUGUGAUGCCCAAACACACCUUCUUCAACUCAUACCUUCAAGGUCUUAAGAGCUAACCAAAGCAUGUUUUUAUUAGGUACAAAGGGGACACUAAAAAAUACUUUCUACAUACGUUUGAACACCGGUAAUGAACAUUUUGACAUCUAAAUUGGGGUUUAAUAAUUUAUAUUAAUUUUAGUAUCUGAACGUAAUGUCUGCAACAUGGAAUCACCCCUAAAGGAGCUUUGUCUUCUUAGAUUUGAUUAGCUUUUUGUAGUUUUUUUUUUUUUGAGGUUGUGUGAUAGUUAUGCCUUAUAGUUUCAUCAAGAGGAAAUUGCUAUGUUAACUUUCUUGUUAGAGAGUUCCGUUAAAAUCUUUCUCCAAGCAAAACACUCAUUAUUGAACCAUCUUUCUUAAUGUUUCUUUUUUGUUGCUUUCUUCUGGCCUGUUUAGUUUCAGUGUAGAUUGUCGAUAUCAGAUAUAACCCCCAAAACUGAAAACAGACCAUUGCCAAAAACAGAUCUACCUGUCCUUCCCCUCUGCACAAACAAUGCGCUGCCGCCCGCCUGACAAGCCUCCCUGAUUACUUUGCGACGCGCGAAAGGACUUAAGGAACCUGCGGCCUCGACCUCAACAGUUUGCCGUCUCCAACCGGCCAGUGGUCUACUGAACGACAGCCCGUCAAAGUUGCAACUUCCCAUUUGUCUCUCGUGGUACAACUUGAGAGCAUUUGUUCAACUUUCCUCAAAAAGAUCAUUCCAUUACUUCUCACUACCUCUUCUCUUGACUGCCUAUUGACAUUGUCAGCAGAAAUUUUGUGUUGUUGAAAAUCUCAAUAAUGAUAAUGAUAAUGAUAAAUAAAUAAUAUUUAAUAAAUCACUCCAAUUAUAGUUUAAAAAACAUUUCGGAGGUGGUCUUGUAGAUGACGAUGAGGCCCGGUACUCUCAAGAAAUGUUAGGACCUCUCUAAUUCUGUAGCAAUUUAUUGACCACAAUUUGUGUUAGUCUUAGAACUAGGCAUUUCCUUCAUGAAUGUGUUUUUCCUUGACAACGUAGAAUAUCUUGUGAGGAUCUUUGUAAGGUAUCACGCUCAAGAGGGUGACUUUGUGGUCAAGUUACCUUAUGUUAACUUAAUAAUUACUUUUGUUGAUCCUCUCACAGCUCACAUCCACUUUAGCCUGGUUCAAAUGAAGUUGAUCAGAUUGCUAUAGUCAUUGCUGUUCUUGAUGUUGGAAGUUACAUAGGUGAGUGAGUAUACAACCAUGUUCAUGACAGUACAUUACGCGCGCAGGGGUCCUAGGUUCAUGGGGCUACCAACACAACAGUCCGCCGUUCGCUCUUGACCUGCGGUAAAGAAAUGACGGCCAUUAGAAAAUUUUAACUCCGUGAAUAAUUAUCAAAUCAACCCUUGACAUUAAUUGGUCAUUUGGAGCCGUGUGUACGCAACAUUUCAGGAAAUUUAUAAUCAAUUGGAUUAGUUGUUAUAUGCUCGAAAAGUAUAGGAAUUCAGUGUGUAGCUUCAGAUUCAGGUCUUAGCAACUUUCAUAGUUUAAAUCUGUGUCAACAAAUAAGCAAAAUUCUCUCUUUUCUUCAGUUGCCACAGGGUUAGAUGCGACUGCCGCUGCUGUUGUUGUGAGUUGUGCUCUAGCUGUCAAGUGCAUCGAUCAAGGAUGGAUCAGGGAUAAAGGGCGAAUUUGACAACCACCAAAACAACAAUGAGUAUUAUUUUUUAAGUACAAUUUGUGAUGUAAUAUGUCGUGAACUAUGUGAAAUUUUAGUGCAAAUUUACAUUUUAUCUGUCUUUAAGUCAGACUGAACGACAAAAAAUGAUAAUUUUAGUAGCUAAAUCAGUUUUGGGAAAAAAAUAUAAUCUCCUCACUACUGAAAGGGUUUUUUUCCUCACAACAUUUACUUGAGAUGUGACGAAAUUAAUGUGGAAAUUAUUUUAAGGAUUCAUUAUAGCAGAAAAAAAAUCUGACUGGUAUUGCUUCACACUAGGUCAGCAGGAGAUUAUAUAAUAUUCUAAUAGAACAUAAAUAAAGUAAAUGAUCAUUUCACAGCUUCAAGUUUAGACAAGUAACUACAGGAAAAAUUGACAUAGCCACAGUCAGCAACACUGAUAAGAAAAGUGAAUGAUAACAAAUGUGUUUCCCAAAAUGUAAUGUCUGCGACAUUUUUCAGUUAUGUCUGCUACGCAAACUUUUGUUUGUAGAAUCAUUGGAAUAAGGUUGCGUGGAAUUUGUUUUGGACAGUUGAAAAAUUUAAUUAUUACCAUGGUUUGAAGGCAUUCCACGGCUUCUUCUGAAUUUAUAUCAUGCACUUGUUAGUCCUUAUUUAAGGUCUCGGUAAAGGAAAACGAGGUGCCCACAGGCUACAAAGGCAAGUUAUAUAUCAAAUUAAAGCUAAAAGACUAAAUUACCUUAUGAAAGAUUUUAUUUCAUCCAAUUUCAAAAGGCGCUUAAGUUUUUUGCUCUCGAACUCAGAGGUAUCGAGUUUACUGCUGAAGCUCCAGCCCUUUCGCGUUGUUAAAUAUUCACUUCCUUUUUAUUGUAUCUGAUUGACAGAUAAAAGACCUAAAAAAGGGUGUGAGGAAAUUUGCAUAUGUCUAGUAUUAGCGGAAUUAUUGCAUUUCAGACUAAAAAGUCGAAUCUCGAGCGUGAUUUACGCAAAGAAACUGACAUAAAAUGAGUUACAAAGGGAAAUCGGAAAAUUCCUCACAGUCUUCCUUUACAGUCUUUUUUCUUUCAACAACCAAGCUAUUUCUUGUAUGACGUCCACGCUAAGACAGCUCCAAAAGUCCCCUCAAUAAGUUUGCGAAACUCAGCACAAAACAUCACUAUAAAACGCGAUUAUCUGCCAAGGAGUGUUUCUCUAUUUCUCUACAACCUAGAAAAUGAACCAUUGUAAUUUUAGUCUAUUUUUUCUAAUAACAAAACCCCUAUGCUUGAGUUUGUGUGAGGGGUUUUUCUUUUUUGCUUUUCCUUUUUUCUUAAUAUGUCAUUUAAUAACGCCUUUAUUUAUAAUGUUUGUUCUGCCUAGAUUAGCACUAUGGCUACUUGCAGGGCAUAAAAUAUUGUAAGCUUAUGGAUCUUAAAUAAAAUACAUUGUUGUUGGUGAUCAUGAAAAAGGUACCGUUUAUUGUAACGGUAAACUCGUAGAAAGUGAAAAAUUUCUGUGUAACAGGGGCACCCAACGAGAAUAUAGUUCAAAACCACUUAAACAUAGCAUUGUUAAACGUGUUUUAGUAUUUAAACGGUGGAUAUAGGCAUAUUUUUAUCCCCUAUAAAUUUUCCAUCUGUUCGGAUUUCCUAGCUGAAAGUCUAGUGAUCCGAAAAUUUUAGGGAUCAAAACUUACCUGUUUAAAAAUUUCAGCCAGAAAAAAGCCUCCCGAAAAUUCUAGGUGACCUUUUUAGGGUAAAAAUCCGUUGAAAAUGGGCAAUUUUACCAUUUUUUAGAUGUUCGAAAAUCCUAAGAGGCAGGCAAGCAAGAAAUUUUACAACAAAUGUUCCGAAAAUUCUAGACCUCAAAUCGUCUUCCGAACAGAUAUUUUUCCGAAAAUUGUCGUUGGGUGCCCCUCGUGUAACUCGAUGUAAAAAGCAGUCUAGAAGUGUUGAGACUACCAAGAAUGUCUUCAUCGCUUGAAAAAUUUAA